GCGGGCGGGGCCGCGGGGGGAGUCAAAGGUCAGUAAAUAGUGGUGAUGUGAUGCGGGCAAGAUGGCGGCCGGGGAAGAUGGAGGCUGGUGGAGAAGCUGGCUGCAACAAAGCUACCAAACUGUUAAGGAGAAGUCCACAGAGGCGUUGGAGUUCAUGAAGCGGGACCUGACAGAGUUCACCCAGGUGGUACAACAUGACACGGCCUGUACGAUCGCCGCCACGGCCAGCGUGGUCAAGGAGAAACUGGCCACGGAAGGUUCUUCGGGGGCGACGGAGAAGAUGAAGAAGGGCCUGUCUGACUUCCUCGGCGUCAUCUCGGACACCUUCGCCCCGUCGCCGGACAAGACCGUCGACUGUGACGUCAUCACCCUGAUGGGCACCCCUUCCGGGACGGCCGAGCCGUACGACAGCACCAAGGCCCGUCUCUACAGUCUGCAGUCGGACCCUGCCACCUAUUGCAACGAGCCAGACGGGCCCCCGGAGCUGUUCGAUUCCUGGCUCUCCCACUUUGCCCUGGAGGAGAAGAAGGGUGAGAUCGCCGAGCUGCUGGCCAGCAGCCCCUCCGUCCGGGCUCUCUACACCAAGAUGGUCCCGGCAGCCGUGUCCCACUCCGAGUUCUGGCAUCGGUACUUCUACAAAGUGCACCACCUGGAGCAGGAAGAAGCCCGGAGGGACGCCCUGAAGCAGCGGGCGGAACAGAGCAUCCACACCGAGGAGCCGGGCUGGGAGGAAGAAGAAGAGGAAUUCCUGGGCGUAGCAUCCCCCUCACGCCUGAAUUUGAAGCCUCAGGACGAAGAGAAGGAUUCAGCGGCUGCCCUGCCCGACACCACUCCGCCGUCCGGAGGAAAAUCCGGCCCACAGGGCUCUGCCCCGGAGAACCAGGGGGUUGUGGCGGCCCCUCCCGCCCCCACGGAGGUGACGCCGUCUGAGAGCAGCGAGAGCAUCUCCCUCGUGACCCAGAUCGCCAGUCCGGCCUGCAGGCCCGCCGCCCCGUCGGAGACCCCCCCGGCCCAGGCCCCGGCCCCGGCCGCGGACCUCUCCCGGAAGCUGCUGGAAGCCUCUUCCGAAGAGCCGAGCUCGCCCAAGCCUCCGGGAGGGCCUCGGCCGACCCCCGGGGAACCCCCGGAGCCCCUGGCCGGGCGGCUUGGCACCCUGCGCCCCAGAGAGGGCCCCGAGCCCCGGCCGGUAGGUCGGGUAGAGACUCUGAGAGAGGAGGCGCCGACGGACCUCCGGGCGUUUGAGCUCAAUUCAGACAGCGGGAAGUCCACGCCUUCCAACAACGGCAAGAAAGGCUCCAGCACUGAUAUCAGCGAAGACUGGGAGAAGGACUUUGAUUUGGAUAUGACAGAAGAAGAGGUACAGAUGGCCCUGUCCAAAGUGGAGGUGUCCGGAGAGCUGGAAGACGAAGAAUGGGAGGACUGGGAGUGACGGACCCAGGCGGACAGACACCGGCCCUCGCAUGUGACCCAGGCUCAUCUCCGCUCUCCCGGCGUGGCCCCUCGCGCGCGGCCUCGUGGACACUCACUCUCCCGUCAGCCUCUGCCCGUCUGUCCGCUGAGGUUCUAGAACUUUCCCUCGGUCGGUCGAUAGUCCAUCUCCGUCCCUUCCUUUCCCCCUCCCCCGUCCCAGGGAACAGGACCCCGGCGGGGGAGAUGGUCUCCGCAGCCUGUCUCUGAGUCCAGACUGUGAAACUUGUGCCAUGAGGUGGGGGCGGUCCCUCCCCCUCGGGGCUGCCCUGUCUGCCCCCACGGUGACGUCGGUCCAUUUGCCGCUUGUGUGUGUGGACGCCAUCCUACCGCUGUUUAGAACCAGAUGUCCGCUUCCGAGCCAGGGACCUUAACUUCUGCUCUCCUGCCGGUCCGGGACACCGGGACCAAGUGGUCAGGGUGGGGUGGCCGCAAGAGCCUCUCCCUUAGCCAAAGGACGGGGCCUGAGGGGAGAUCGCCCUGAGCCCAAGAGCCGCCUUUGCCAUCUCCUUGAGGCUAGAAGCCCCCGCCUCUCUGCCCCACUCCUCCCACCUUGAAUUCCUCUCUCCUUUCCUUCCAGCAGAGGCGGGGUCUCUCUCCCCUUCCCCUGGCUUUCUUGGGGCCAAGUCUCAGGUUGUCAUGUGCCUGGACCUAAGGGCCAGCGACACCACUCGAGCCCAUCCUCCCAGUGUGGGGACCACAGAGGCAAGAAAAUGCCCUCCCACUCUCGCCUCACAUAUUGAAAGAGAAAAAUCUCGUUUCUCCCCUCUCCCACUUCCGUAGAGACUCUGCUCGUGGUCCUAAAAGAGGACACUUUACGGAUGUCCUUUGAUUCAUUCAACCUUCUUAAAUCCUUGGGUUUGGGUUUUGUUUUUCUGUUUUUUGUUUUUUGGUUUGGUUUGUUUCCUCUCUGCCUUUUGAUUUCCUUCCAUCUGUGGACGUCGUCCCCUCCCCACCCCAGGCCCCGGCCCCCUACAAUUUAGAAAAGGCAAAUAUCUUGGUGAGAAGCUGCUUCCGGUGUGGUCAGUGCUACAGCGUAACCCUAGGAGUUUUCCCCCCUACACACCCCACGGCCCCGGCCCGGCCCCUGCAGCCUUAAGACCCCGGGCAUCGGCACGGUUUGCCUCCUCAGUCGCUCUUGCUCCCUCGAGGGCCACGUCCUCGGAGAGGCGGGCCGCCCUAGGUGUCCGGGACGGAUUAGGCUCCUGUGAACUUCGUUUUCUCCUCCUCCUCCUCGAGAAAAUCAGCCAAGCUGCGUCCCUCAGCAGCCCCGGAGCCUGUCGGCUAGACGGCCCCCACUCCCCUCCGCUCCGCAUCCUUGACUCUCUGGGACCGGGGUCCGGCAGACACCCCUGGGCUCUGGACCGCUGCUCCCCGAGGCCUCCGACAUCCAGCCGAAAGGAAGAGAGCCGACCGGGUCCUGGACCACUCCGGAUUCGACCAGGGCCGCCGGGCCUUCCGCCGGAGAGGGAGGUGGGGGAAACGCUGUACUCUUUUUCUGUUCCGUUUCUGUUUCUUGAGUCGAUUAACCUUUUGGUUGUUUGUGCAAUAUUAUUAUAUAUUUUAAAUUAUAAGGCAUCUCCCCAGAGCAUUUUGUAGCUGGGAAAAAGAAAAAAAGAGAGAGAUUCUAACAGCUGUUAGUUUUGUAAUUAAAACAGGGGAAAAAAAAACUUUCUGCUGAACCUUUUACAGUCUUGCGAUUAACAGCUAUUAAAGAGAUUGGGAAAGAA